CUUCAAUCAAGUCGACCAUGGGACGGGUCCAAAUUAUUUUAUAAUCCUGAAUUAGCAUCAGAAAAUGGUGUUUUCAGCUUUCCAAUGGUCUAUGAGGUUGUAGCCAAGGUUAUGAGGAAUGGCAUCCAAAACAAAGUAUUCAAGAUUACCGACAGGCCUGGAACCUAAAGACACCUCACAGCCAAAGUCCAAAAAGUUUGCUGUCCCUAAGAUUACCAGAUUGAAAUUAUGUGGAAUCAUCUUUGUCGUCAUAUUUGUUUCAAUAACAAUUGCCGUAUCUUGCAUCAAAUCAAGUUAUUUAGAACAGACACCUAUAUGUAACUUAUCUAAAAAUGGAACACGAUUACCUCAAGGAGUGGCUGAAGACUCAGUCAGCCACAUGAAAUUCAAACACAUGAAAAAGAGGCUACCUCAGUGCAUUAUCAUUGGAGUGCGAAAAGCAGGCACUCGAGCCCUGUUGAAAUACUUGAACAUUCAUCCAGAUGUUGUAGCCAAAGGUGCUGAAAUGCAUUUUUUCGAUGAUGAUGAGUUUUACACUAAAUCAUUAGAAGCUUACAGAAAAGAGAUGCCUCCUUCAUUUGAAGGUCAGCUCACGGUUGAAAAGACUCCAGGUUAUUUCACUGAACCUUUAGUUCCAGAAAGAAUGUAUAGGAUGAACAGCAGCAUUAGACUAUUGUUAAUACUGAGAGAACCAGUAGAGAGACUUGUCUCUGAUUAUCUUCAAUUUGCCGAAGGAAAGAUAACGCAGGGUAAACCAUGUGAGACCUUUAAUGAGAAAGUGUUCGAUAAAUAUGGAAAUAUUAACAAAAGCUACAAAGGGGUGAGUAGGUCAGUUUACCAUAAGCACCUUAAGAGAUGGACAGAAGAUCUGUUCACGAUGAAGCAGUUUCUGAUCAUAGAGAGCAGUGAACUUGUACAGGAUCCACCAGCAGUUAUGGCCAAAGUUGAAGACUUUUUGGGUCUACGACAUUACAUCAAACCAAGGCACUUCUAUUUCAACAAAACCAAGGGAUUUCACUGCAUCAAAAGUGGAGGAGGACAGGAAUGUUUGGCUGAUAGCAAGGGAAGGGAACACCCAGAUCUGAAGCCUAACGUCUUGGAAAAACUAAAGGAAUUUUAUGCCCCGCACAACAAAAAAUUAUACAAAAUGAUCGGUGAGGACUUCGCUAGGUUCGGCUGGGAUGAUUAUUAGGUUGUUAAACUAGGCCCAAGUUUCUCAAACAAUCCCUUAUAACAGGAACAAGCUAAGCACACUAUUUUUGUCUUGCUAAAAUUGUAAUUUUCCUAUUUUGAGAUGUUUUAAGAGAAUAUAAUGUAACAGUCAAUGAAAUUAAGAUUUUUCUUGAACAAGCCCAAGUACUGUAUGUUCAUAAAACCCACCAGCAUGAGUAUGUAAACAUAAACCAUUAUAAAGCAAAAUCUAGGUUUAUUAUUAGCCGUGAUUUACAGCAUCAUGAUAAACUAUUUUUACUUUGAGAAAUCAAGAUUAUGUACAGAAUUCAUCUAAAUGAAGUAAGAUACUUAAGCUUGUUAUGCUUAAGUUUUAUUGAGAAAUUGGGGCUAUGGCUGCUUAGAUUGUGAUGUUACAUCAUCGUCAUCAUGAGUGCAUGACAAGCAGAAAAGGUCUAACACUAAAGAUGACAUCAUCAAUCCAAACAAUAUGACAUUGUCAAUUCAAACAAUAUGACAUCAUCAAUCCAAACAUAUGACAUCAUCAACCCAAACAAUAUGACAUCAUCAACCCAAACAAUAUGACAUCAUCAUCAUCAAUCCAAACAUAUGACAUCAUCAACCCAAACAAUAUGACAUUGUCAAUUCAAACAAUAUGACAUCAUCAUCAUCAAUCCAAACAUAUGACAUCAUCAACCCAAACAAUAUGACAUUGUCAAUUCAAACAAUAUGACAUCAUCAAUCCAAACAUAUGACAUCAUCAACCCAAACAAUAUGACAUUGUCAAUUCAAACAAUAUGACAUCAUCAAUCCAAACAAUAUGACAUUGUCAAUUCAAACAAUAUGACGUCAUCAACCCAAACAAUAUGACAUUGUCAAUUCAAACAAUAUGACAUCAUCAAUCCAAACAUAUGACAUCAUCAACCCAAACAAUAUGACAUUGUCAAUCCAAACAAUAUGACGUCAUCAACCAAAACAAUAUGACAUUGUCAAUCCAAACAAUAUGACGUCAUCAAUCCAAACAGUAUGACAUCAUCAAUCCAAACAAUAUAACAUCAACAAUACAAACACUAUGACGUCAUCAAUCCAAACAGUAUGACAUCAUCAAUCCAAACAAUAUAACAUCAACAAUACAAACAAUAUGACAUCAACAAUCCAAACAGUAUGACAUCAUCAAUCCAAACAAUAUAACAUCAUCAAUCCAAACAGUAUGACAUCAACAAUCCAAACAAUAUGACAUCAUCAAGCCAAACAUCAUACUUUUCUGUUACCAUAAAUAAAACAGCAGGGCCUAUAAGGUGAUGUGUUUGUCCUGUCAUGUGUACUUUACACUUUGUUAUGUAAAAUAUAUUAAGUGAUAAAACCCCACAAUAUUUCUAAAACUUAACUAGAAGUCCCAUUUUUGCUUGUCAUGCUUCAUGUGUUGUUUGGUAAACUUACUGUAGACCCAGGCAAUUUGGUGAUUAUUUGUUUAUCAGUUAAAAGGGAUCAAAAUUGGUGGAAGUGUUAUGUUCUUGAUAUUGUUUUAUGAAGCCUUAAUCAAAAGAGCCCAAAAGUUUAACCAACUGACUCCAAAAUUGCUGUAAUAAAUUUCACUGGAAAUAAUGGUUUAAUAAUUGCGAAAAUUCAAUUUUACCAGAUUAUUUCAAUUCUAGUUUUGGACAAUUUUCAAUUGGACUUGCUCAAAAUCUGUUUACUUUUCAGGUAUCCAUAUUUUUAGGGUAUUUAAAUUUCAUUUUAUGAAUUAGAAAUCAUACUUGUUGGAACAGUAAUGGACUGGAAUAUAGAAAAUUAAAUCUCUUGGUAUUGGUUGCGAAGCAAAGGUCUGACUCUAAUUUAUAUUGAACACUUUUUUGUAACAAAUGAUCUAUUAUGGAUUUUUUAUCCAAAUUGUGAUGAAUUUGUCAUUUAAACUGACAGUAUGUUAAUUGUGGUAACAUAUAUGUUACAAAAGGGGAUUGUAUUUUAAGAAAGGUUUAGACAUUGAAAUUGUAAGUUAAAAUCAGUAUUCAAAAUUCUUAAGAAAAACAUUUUAAAGCUUUAUGUAAAUAUUAUUAUUUUUUUUACUUUACAAUUUAUGUACUUGUUGUUUUGUAUUUAUAACAUUGAUUUGUUUUUUUACUAAAACUCACACAUGAUAGAAAAACAAAUUUGAGCUUGUAAAUUGUAUUAUAUGUCAGGCCACAAUCAAAGAAUAGUUUGAUUGACCCUACCCGACUGAUUCAAAUAAAAACCUGCCUUCCGGAUUUUUUUUAGCCUCUUUACUGAUCAUGUGUGGGUUUUUUUUUUAAAUUUCUGUUCAUAUGAAUAUUACAAAAAUAUAUGGCAAGAAAUAAAAAAAAGAAUAAAAAAACAACACAAAAAAUCCUAGCCACUGCUCACAAUGUGGAUCAGAUGAGGCCAAACAAAGUAUUUUGUAAUUGUGAGCUUAUCUUCACAAACAGUUGUUUUUAUUUGUUCUUAUGGUCCAACCUGUUUUAAAAUUUUCUUGUUUAAAGAUUGUUUUACAUGUAUGGUGAUAUUUCAGCAUUUUUUUAAUAGCUUUUAUUUUAAAAAGACAGGAAGAUUUUAAGAAUCAAAUUGUUUAGCACAGCAUUCUGUUUUGAAAAAAAGUUGUUGUUUUUAUCAUAUUAUUGUAUGUCUGGGACUCAGUGGUAAGGGCGUCUGUGUAUGGAGCGGGAGGUCAAAGGUUUGAGCCCCACAACGACAGGGCUUGUUUUGAUAUGGGGAGUUACUGACUCAGCAGCUGAAUAAAUGGGUACCAAAUGCCUUUCUGUCAUGGGCUGGGCAUGUUGGAUAGGAAUCGUAAUUAAAAAUGUUAAUAAAUCAAAACAAACAUUUCUCUUACAAACACUUCCUUAUUGCUUACUUUAAUAUUGUAUCUACCUCUUUAUAUGAAUGAAAUGGGUAUUUUUGGCCAGUUUUCAAGUAUAUUUCCAUAAUAUACUAGAGAGUAGUUAAAGAAAAUUUAUAAGCUUAAAAUUAUCCCUAUAUUGAAAUACUGUAGUUGAAUUGAUAUUGGUAUUUUGUUAGCUGUAUGUACGUUGUACAUGUAUAGUUCGGCCAGUAGAGUGAUUUUAGUAUUGAAAAGCUAGCCCAUACUUCAGUAAAGGACUUGGAUGGAUUAACCUACCACAAUAGCUUUAAGCACAGACUUGUAGCCAGCAGGGUUUGACCGAAAUGUAAAAGGUGAAAAUUGAUCGGAGUAAUUUGUAUCAAAUUUGCUCACUGUUAGUGAAGGGGUAAAGUUUAGGCAAUAUCAAAUUGAUUCAUUUUUCAAGCAUCAGGCUUCAGUUAUUUCAAAACCUACUGACAAGGAAAAAAUGCCACAUUUUUUUGUUAAUGAAUUUUAGCGUGUUUGGUAGAGACAACACAGUCGUUAUUACAGAUGUUUUUUCUUUUUUUUUACUGUGUGUAAAAAUUUGAUUUAUUAUAUUUAAAAAAAAAAUGCUUUAAAAUGGUUUUAUCAUUUUUCAAAACUAAAUUGCCACAUUUUUAUUGUAGAAAAUACAUUAAACAUAACACUUUAUAUAAGCGAAAUAAAACAAUAAAGGAAAUUAUUUAAUUUAAAGAAAAUGUACAAUUUCAACUACAGUAGCUCCUGUUAAAUAUGGCCAAGUUGUUUCAAUCUUGCAAAAUUACCAUUAAAACUUUAUAAUACCAAGUUUAUAUUUUACUAGAAUCGUUUUAUACAUGUAGCAAAAAUAUAUUUUUGAGUCAUUUCAUCGUUAUCAUCCUCUGAAAUCCUUUUAAUUUUAGGGCCAAUACCAUAUUUGAUAUAUUUAUUGUUUCUGAAGAUUGAAUUAUACCGGCCAGAUGAAGGUGAAUGUAGACUAAGGUUGGCAGGGCCUUGUUUGUCCCAGUGGACUAACAUUACAUUGUAUGCUUUUUAUCAUACUGUCAGGGUUGUGACGUUUUAUGUUAGACUUGAAACUUGACAAUUAUUUGUGUAAAAAAAGUGUAGGUUUUUGAUAUGCAUUAUUGGGGAAACUCAGUUGAUAUUUUUGGCGUUAUUUUUUAAUGCCGACAUUUAAUAAAUUUAGAGGUUAUUUCAUUGUGUAAUUUAUUGAACACAUUUUCUAAAAUUUCUUUGUGAAUGUGAUAUUUAAUUUAUAUCAUACAUUCGAUAUAAAUUCAUAAAGUGUUGUUUUAUAACACACACAUUUUAUACACUAUACAUUUAUGAUGUCAAGUCAAAAGUUAUUUUACUAGUUCUGUAUCCAAAUAUAAUGAUGUUUUUUUCUUGAUGGCGACGUCAUAUAUGGCAUAUUUUACUGUAAACCUCGGGCUUUGAAUUAUUGGGGGAAAUCCAGAUUUAAGGACUUUUGUCAAACAGGGCUAGUCAUUUUUUUUUAAAUAUUUCAUUUUCUUAAUGUGUUUUUAAUUGGAAUUAUUUUCUACUAAAAAGGAGGAACAUUUUUUAGGAUUUUCUUGUCUUUCCUUGCCAAUAACUAUUUCUUCAUUUUAUAUUAUGUAAUUUACAUGUAACUUUCAAAGCACCUUAUUUUUUAACAGUAUUAUAAAUAUUUUAUUUCAUUUAACCUUAUCAAUUACUGAUUGAUAUAGCUUAUCCGAUUAUUUCCAAUAAGUGAUUCAGAUUUUGGACUUAUUUUCAAACUGUACUAAUUUCUCAUGGUUAUUGAAGUAAAUGUUGGUUGAAUGGGUAUUUUUUGAAACCUCAGUACCAAGUUUUGUAACAUUUUUUGUGCAAUAAUACACAUUUCAGGCACUUGUUAAGACAAAAAAUUUAAUUUACUACUGAUAAAGCCGACAUGCUGUUGUGAUGCUGUACUAAAUUAUGUGACGUUUGUCUGCGAAAAUAAGUCUUGCAGAGGUAAAAAUGGCAUGUUCAGUUUUGUAAAAUAUUGUGGCUCAAUCAGUGUUUUUUAUUUGUUUAUUUCUGACAACUAUCUCUAACUAAAAUGUUUUUAAUUAAAAAAAAAUUAUUUCCGCUUAUGUAAAAAAAAUAAUUUGUUGAUAAUGUGAAUGCCACCACAAGAUUCAUUUUUGCAGAUGAUGUGACAAUUCAGUUAUAUACAUGUUUUUGUAUUUGCUGGUCUCUUUAACUUUCUCCUCAUUAUUAGUGCAUACAUUUUUUUAUAUUUAAAUGAUGCCACUAGCUUAUUAAGUAGUAGUUAGUAUAAAGAAUUAAGUUGUGACAUUCGUCACUUAUUUUAGUUUGUCUGUUUUUCAAAGAAAAAAGUCUAGAUAUAAUCGUAGCCUCGGUGUCAUUGUUGGCGCGGUUGUGUAGUGAGCGGAAACUUUAACCUUUUCCAUAACUAACAAACAUUUGCAGAUAUUUAAAGGAACCUUGGUUGCCAGAGGAAAUAUGCACAAGCACAACAAGGCCCAUAACUCUCCCUUUAAUAAAUGUUAAGUUAUUCCCCUUUUUCGACUGAAAAGCAAUGGACAAGCAUUUACUUUCUUGCCACAGCUCUCUUGUUGUAAACAUAUGAUAUUCAGAUGGUUAUUUAAUUGAAUAUUCAAACAUAUAUAUAACUAGAUAUAAAAUUAUUCUGUGAUAUUAGAUUGUUAUAUAAAAAAAUAUUAAUAUGUCUUUUUUAAACACUUACAAAGGAGAAUUUAGAAUAGAAAUUAUGAUAUAAGAAAAAUAUAAUCUGUUCACCCCUAUUAUGAUGUCAUGGUUGUUCAAAUAAGACUAGGAUAAAUGCAUAGGUCUCCAACUUGUACUUAAAGACACAAAAAUGUCAGAACUUGAUUACAGUUGCAUUUUUAACAAAAUGUGUUAUGAUUAUUGUUUUAAUGGUCUCUGUUGUAAGGGACAUGUAUGUUUCUCAGGUAUAUUUUUAUUAUAUGUAGUUGUACAUUUGUACUGUGCACUCGUAUGCAUUUUACUCAACUGUGUUGUUUUUAGAUUACUAUUUUACCCUGGUAUGUGUUAUAUACAUAUCAAUAGUUGAAAAUAAACAUGUUCAU